GUCUAGUCUAGACGACCAACCACGAUUAUUCGGGUGGUGCUCGUGAGCUAAUUCGAUUUCAGUAGGCUAUGCCCCGUUCGCUUAACUUAACUGUUAUUUACUUACUUUUGUAGAAUUUUAGAGUAUAAAUUGUUUGCUUUGAGUUUUUACUUUCCUUGGUGGAAGGCUUAAACAAAAUACGAUCCACAGUAAAUUGUCACACUAUAAUAUUAAUACAAUGAGUGGGAAAAGGUGUGCUAGGUGCGAGAAAACCGUCUAUCCACUUGAAGAAUUAAAAUGUCUUGAUAAGGUAUGUGAACUAUUUGGCACAAAGGGUGUUUUAAGUGCCAGGAAUGUGGAAUGACUCUUAAUAUGAAAACAUACAAAGGAUUUAACAAACUUCCAUACUGUAAUGCUCAUGUUCCUCAUGCAAAGCACACUGAAGUAGCUGAUACUCCAGAGAUAAGAAGGAUUGCAGAAAAUACAAAGAUUCAGAGUAAUGUUAAAUAUCAUGAAGAAUUUGAGAAACAGAAAGGAAAGUUUACCCAAGUUGCUGAUGACCCUGAAACUCUUCGGAUACGCAAUACUCACAAAAUUAUCAGCAAUGUAGCUUAUCAUGGGGAACUCAUGAAAAAGGAAGAAAUGGAACAAAAACGUUACCUAGUGCCAGAAAAAAAUGGUGCUCCUCAAGUUGUUCCAGCCUCAAGUGCCUUUCCACCAGAGAGAAGCCAUCCACGUUCUUCACGUGGUGUGGCCUAUGAAACCUCUACAAAGCAAGAAGUCCAGGAUUCCCCAUAUUCUUCCAAACUCCAGUCAACAGUUAUCUACACUUCAGAAGAAGGUCCAGUACAAAGUGCUCCAUCACGGAAGAUUGGAUCAAUUGCUGACUAUGAUCCUAUGCAUGAGAAUUAUGGUUCCAUAGCUUCAGGCUUCCGACCGGACACAACCCAUACCACAACCCACUUUUAUGGUGGUGUUUCUCCUUCACAACAGUCACAUGGGCGGGCUUUUCGAGCCAUGUACGAUUACACUGCCUCAGAUGUCGAUGAGGUUACAUUUAUGGAUGGUGACCUAAUUAUCAACUGUACUCCCAUCGAUGAGGGAUGGAUGACAGGCACGGUGCAGCGUACAGGACAAACUGGCAUGCUUCCAGCAAACUAUGUUGAACUUGUAAACUAAUAAAUCUUCAACAGCCAAUUUUCUUAAUAAAUGUAUGCUAGUGCUCUCAAAGCCAUCUUCACCUGUGGUUUAUAUCCUUGUUACUAACAAAACAUUGACUCAAAUCAUUAUAUACAAGAGGGGGGAUAGAGGUGAAAUAUAUCAAACUGUUAUUGUUAUAAAUGGUGUGUUUUGAUCAUUGUUAUUUUUAAAAUUGCUUUAAAAUCUCAAAAUUUAAUAUUUUUUAAAGGCUAUGUCUGGGUGCUUGGGAGUAAGAGUGAGGAAGAUAACCAGAAAUUUCAUGUGAUUAUUUGAAAUUUAUGAUGUCAAUCCAUCCAAGAAAGAAGCCAGGAAGCAAAAAUGGUUAAGGUUAGCAUCCAGGUUUUUUUCUAUUAGAAGCAGCCCCCAGGCUUAUGGAAACAGGACUAUUUUUUGGAAUACUGUAAAAAAUAUAACUUGUGUUAGAGAAUGUACUUUUUUUCUGAUAUAAUUGCUUUCCUAAAAGAGGGGAUUUGGAGUGAACCAGAACACUAAGUGGUUCUAGUACUGAAGUAUGCAAACAUUGCAACACAUAGGCCUUUAUGGAUAUGGUAGAAAAAUAUUAUUUCUUUAUAGAGAGAAAGUUAAAAUCAUAAGAUUUAUAGACAGCAGUAAAUUCAUAAAGAUACAAAAAUUUACACAAUUAGUAAACAAGACUGCAAAAAAAUCAGUGCAGUAAGCUGUAACUUACUAGAGGAAUUUAAAGCCUAAUUUCAUUUAUUGAGUAGGUCUAUUCAUGGAGGACAGAAUAUCAGACAGAAAUUGACAGUAAAUGGUCAACAAACAACAUGAUGAGUACACUUAUGGCAUCAUACUUUUCAGCCAAUUACACUUUACUUUCCAAUUGCUCACUCCCAUUCCUGGAUACCUAGACACAGCCUUUAUAAAAUGAGAGCAUCAUAUGGAGCAAACAUUAGAGGAAUCUCAAAUAUUUGCGUAACUAAAGAAAUUUAAUUAAAGGUGAUACUGUUGUCAAAAUUGUUGAUUCACUAAAUGAGAGAUUUUAGUUUUUUGUGAACAAUUUUGUAGGUAAAAAAAAAUAUUUUCUAAUAUUUAGAGCAAUUGAUAGAUGCACUGUAUUGUUUGAAAGACAAUAAGUAGAUCAAAGCCAGUGAAUAAUUGAAAAGACAAUUUAACUGGAAACCAAUGAAGCAGGACAAAAUUUAGUUGCACUUGUGUGAAUCUUUGUUUAAAAGAAAUUUUUUUAUCUGACUCUUAGUUUGAAGAUAAAGAAUAAUAAUUAGGUAAGUGCAUUUGUCUGUUUUAAAAUUUCCAGAAAGAUCACACAUCCAACUCCUCAUUGAAAGUGAGUAAAUAUACUCUUUAUAUAUUUUAUUUUAAAUAGACUGGUGACAUCUGGAAUAUUUUUUUCACCCUUUUUUUAUUCCAUAUUCAUUUUCAUUCAGUGAAACAAGCAAGUGAAUUUGUAUUGAUGUACAAGUGAUUUUCUACUAAUGAACCAGAUCCAUCUAAACUUUACAUAGAAAUCAGAAGUAUGCUAGACUGAUGUUCGAAUAAUAAAAAAAAACAACACUAUUUUAAAUAUCUUAGGUAGAACAGGAUAAAUUUAAAUAAUGUUUAAUUUAUUUUCAUAGUAAUUGUUAUAUUUUUUAAUAAUUAAUUAUUUUGUUCUAAAAUUGGUUCAUCCAGUCAAGUUUUAACUUAAAGUGUAAAGGAAAGAGGACCUAAUAAUCUCACUCUCCUAUUUUGGAAAAGCUAGAUUAAUGAAUGAGAUUUCAAUCUCAGGAAGAAAUAGCACUAUUAGUUUUAGAUUUAUGAAUUAUCUUCUGAAAUUUGUAUUCUAUGGUUUGUUAUUAUAACCUUAAUAUGCAGUACUUUGGAUAAGUAUUGUUUAAGAGAAUUAAUUUUAGAUUUGAUUUAGGAAUUUUUCACAUAACUGAAAAUAGUUUUUAUAUAUACUUAGCAAUCUUGUAUUUUGACUAAAAGUUAUAAAUAAAAGCAUAACAAAACAAUUAUUAUUAUUUACACUUUACAUUGUUUAUUAGCAUAUGAUGUUUCUCACUAGUGAACAAGAAUGACAUGUAUCAAAAUAUCUGUUGUCAAAGCUCUUUAUACUUAACAUUAGCAUAUUUUCUCAAUCUAUAUGAAUGCUUGAUAUUUAUAUGUAUUAUUUUUUCAACUGUUAUAAUGUUGCUUUGUUAUAAAAUAAGUCUUCUGCAAAGUUAUUUUUGUUGUGAAAUUCAAGUUUAGAUUACCUGAAUAUAUUUGUUUGUUUUUUAGUUUAUGUUCUGACAUUCUGAAUGUUGAAAUAUAAUUUGGGAUAAACUAAAAUCACUAAAUUUUGCAUUGCUUGUGUUAAAAACUGCUUGGUUGUGUAGUACAAGUUUUUGUUUGUAAGUUAAUCUUGCUUUAAAGUGUCUUUUUAUAUCAUUACAGAACUCCAUUUAGAAUCUAAAAUAAAUAGCUUAUGUUGAAUUUGAA